ACAAAUUGCGUGCGUUUAAGCAAUUCAAUUCAAUUCAAUUCAUUCAUUUGAUUGGUUGGUUGGUUGGUUGGUCGGUCGGUCGAUGGUGAAAUGAGUAAUUCAUUAAUAUCAAAAAAAAAAACAAAAUUAUAUUUCGCUAACUAAAUCGGUACUUCAUUAUUAACGGGUUGUUUCAUCAUCAUCAUCAUCAUCAUAUAAAAAUCAUCAUCAUAACAUAAUAUUGUAGUGGCCAUAAUACUACGCCUCAAAAAAAAAAUCGUUUGUUGUUUUUGGGUAAACAAACUUUAUAUAUUCGGUAUCGUCACUUAUUAUUAUUAUUAGAUGACUGUGAUUGUUUGUUUGCAUUGUAUUCACCAUAAAAAAAAGUCAAAUCUCGAAUAACAAAAACAACAACAACAACAACAACAACGACAAUGACAGCAGCAUUCUUAAAUUGGAUCAAUACAUUAUAUACUUAAAUAUUGUCGAUCGAUCAAUCAAUAACAAAUCAAUUUGCCUCGAAGGAAAGGAGAGAGUUGGAUACUCUUUUUCUUUUGUCGUCCAAUAAACCAUUGUGUCAAUAUACAAAUUACGAAUAAACCAAAAUUAUAAUAAUAAUAAUAAAAUCAACAAUCGAACAAACAAACAAAAAAAAAAAAAAAAAUUCAACCAUGAAUCGAAAUCUAGUCAUUAAAGAUGUGGAAAUAUUUCUUGAUCGUGAUCGUAAAAUAUUUGAAAUGGGUGAAAUGGUACAUGGAAAAUUACGUAUAGCAUGUCAAGGUGAAUUACAUCUAUCAAAAUUAAGAAUCGGUAUUGUUUGUAUGUCAAAAAUACGUAAUGCUGAUGAUACGUUUGAUCAGAAAAAAUUAUUGGAAGAAUUUUAUGAAUUACCACGUGCCGUUAGCUCACAAAUACUUCGUAGCGGUCGUCACGAAAUUCCAUUUCGUUUUCGUUUACCGGAUGACAGUGAAUCACCGCCAUCAUUUGAUGGCCGUUAUGGUUGUAUCAAUUAUUUUGUUGAAUGUAUAAUCGAUAAAGAUGGUGAACCUGGAUCAUCAUUGAAUCGUGGACAUCGUUAUGGUGUUGAAAUUAAACUUGAAAAUCCAGUACGUAAAAGCUUAAUGCUUUCCGUAAGUGGUAGUUCGGAAAAAGAUCUAGGAAUAUUCUGUUUUGGUUCCGGAUCUGUUUCGAUUGAAGCGGCAAUUUCACGUAAAGGACAUGUUGCAGGUGAAACAAUCAAAUUGAAAACAUUGAUUAAUAAUACAUCAACAUUAAAGGUACAACCACGUGCUGCAUUAUAUCAGACACAGAUAUUUAUGUCUGGUGAUCGUCAUCGAACAUUGGAAAUUGUUCUUGUCGAACCAAUCAAUGGUAGUGAAGUUGAUCCAACCGAAGUGAUUGAAGAUAUAAUCGAGAUACCAAUACCAACAAGAGCUCAAUUAACAAUGAAAUCAAGUAUAAUAACAAUCAAAUAUUUUGUACAUGUUACAUUGGAUAUACCGCACAAUAUUGAUAUACAUAUUAAUCUACCGAUUGUAAUUACAAAUAAAAGUGCUAUGCAAGAAGCACGUGAAUUAAAUCAUCAUCAUCAACAACAACAACAACAACAAGCAAUGAAUAGACAUUUAAAUUCAUUUGAUGAUAAGCCAAAAUCACGUAAAAUAUUGGGUAUUGCAAGCAAAGCAAGACAAGCAUCAACUAGCUCUUCCAAUUAUGAUGAUACCGAUGAAUUUGAAUGAUAUUUGUUUGUUUGUUUGUUUGGAUUGAUUAAUUAAAUACACCUAUAUACCUUCUACUACCUAUCUGCCACCAUCACCAUCACAAACCAAUUUUUCAUUUUUCACCAAAUAAAAAAAUUAGCACUUACCUCUAACAUUUUGUUAACACACACAAACACACAAAAACACAUUCGCUCACUCAUUUGGAAUUUUUUCGAUACAUUCAAUAAUCCUAAUUAUAACAGCAACAACAACAACAUCAAUCCAAUGGUGGUCAUUAAUUCAAACUAUUGUCAUCGGUGAUAUAUGAAAUUUUUUUUACACUACCCCCCCACACACACACGCACACAUACAUCGAUGAUGCAUAAUGCCAGAAUUAUUUCUCAUUUUUGCCUUGUUAUUCUCAAAAUUAUGCCUCAUUAUCAAUCAAAAACUAAGCGACGACGACGACGACGACAACAACCAAACAUACAUAAUAAGGCUGUUCAAUUCUGUUUGUUAUAUAUUAUAUUUGAAAAAAAGAAAAACAUUGAUCAAAAAAAAAAAUUAAUAAAAAAAAUGAUUAAAU